AUGGAGCUGAUCAAUGAUUUGAGGGCCAAACAAAAGGAAAUUGAUGGACUGAAAUCUCUGGUGUCAGAGAGUUCGGAUGACAAGGACAUGCUUGAUAUGGCUGUAAGUGAAUUAGGUGAGGCGGUGGAAGAAGAGAAGAGACUGCAGACUUUGCUGCUUAAGUCUUUGCUUCCUAAAGACGAAGCUGAUGAAAGGGAUUGUAUCCUGGAGGUGAGAGCAGGUACUGGUGGAGAAGAGGCUUCUUUGUUUGCCAUGGACAUAUGUAGAAUGUACGAAAGAUAUUCGCAGAAGAAAGAUGGAGUCUGCGUCCAGAGUUUGGAACACCAGGCUGUGUCUGGGAUGCCAAAUUCUUGGAGAGUGGGGAUAUUGUCACAGCAUGUUCGGAUGGAGUGGUUCGUGUUUGGACAGAAAAAGGUUGGGGGAAUGAAACUUGACGAGCUGCCGGGUCUUGAUGCUCUGACGUUGCCAGGUACCAGUGAUGGCCAGACAAAAAUCGUAAGGGAAGGAGACAAUGGUGUUGCUUAUUCGUGGAAUAUGAGAGAACAGAGGUGGGACAAAGUGCGGUUUCGUUGCAGGAUGAAGUGA